GCUACAUAUAUUAAGAUUAGUGUAUUCUGACUAAAGUUAUUCUCCAACUAGAAUAUUAGAAAUGAAUUACUAAAAAAAGACUAAUUGCACUGAGCGGAUCUAAUGGGUUGGAGAACAUAUAUUUCCGCCUAUUGUCUUUGAUAUCGCUAGUGACAGCGGAGCAAAAUUAUGUUUCCCCGAGCCUACUCAUACUUGUCAUUUCUACUUGUGCUUCCGUUCUCUCCUUCUACUUGUACUGCUGGGUUUUGUUCUCAGUGGCUCUUAUCAUGCAAAAUACCAUACACUUUCUUGUUUGAUUAUAAUUAUGUUCCCCGCGGUUACCCCAGAUUUUGUAAAUAUAAACAAACACUAUAAAAGUCACAUAAAGUACUCAAAUGAAUUGUAUUCAGUAUUUUCUAAAGUCAGUAGUAAUACUAACGUUACAAUAUGACAAAAAUUGAGUCUAAAAUUAAACAUUCAAACACUGACGUCUUGAUUAUCGGAGCUGGUCCAUCGGGAUUAAUGGCUGCUACUUGGUUAGCCAGAACUGGAGUGCCUUUUAGAAUAAUUGAUAAAAGAUCUAAUAAGAUAUUCUCAGGUCAAGCGGAUGGUUUACAAAGUAGAACCCUUGAAGUUUUUCAAUCUUUCUCUGGUUCUACUUUUGAUAUGAGAGGAUUGGAUUCAGCUUGGAAAAUGGCUAACCAUAUGAAUGAAUUUUGUUUCUGGAGUCCGGAUGAAACCGGUAAGUUGGUAAGAUCUUCUAGAAUACCUGAUAGUAUUCCAGGAAUUUCUAGAUUUCAGCAGAUUGUAAUUCAUCAAGGGUAUAUUGAGAAAUGGUUUGAUGAAACGAUCAAAACAUUUUCGGACGGAAAGUCCAAAGUGGAAAGACCAUUCUUGCCAAUUAGUCUUGACAUUGACGAAAGCAAAGUUGAAGAUAAGGAUGCUUAUGCAGUUAAAGUAUUGGUGAAAGAUUUGUCAAAGGAUGCUGUUGCUGAUCCAGAACAAUUCAACUCAAAUGUCGCUAAUGGACUCUACAGACAAUUUGAAGGUGAUCAAGACAAAUUCUAUACUAAUAUCGCAGAUAUCGAGAAUGAUCCUAAUGUAAAGCUUGAUGAUUAUGAAGUUAUAAACUGUAAGUAUGUACUUGGUGCAGAUGGUGCUCAUAGUUGGGUCAGAAAGCAAUUAGGAAUUGAAGUGGAAGGUGAAAGCACUGACUUCGUAUGGGGAGUUUUAGACUCGGUCCCAAUUACUGAUUUCCCUGAUAUUAGACAUCGAUGUGCAAUUCACUCUGUAGAUUCUGGCUCUGUUAUGAUUAUACCAAGAGAAAACGAUUUGGUCAGAUUAUACAUCCAAUUGAAAGAAGUCCCUAGAGAUCCCUCAACUACUUCAGGAACGUCGGGCGCUAAUUCAAAGGGAAGAAUUGACAGAUCUAAAAUCACUCCUGAGUUGAUCUUAAAGAAUGCUCAAGAUAUAUUGAAACCAUUUAAAUUUGAAAUCGAAGACAUAGAAUGGUUCACAGGCUAUCAAAUUGGUCAGAGAGUUAGUCCUAAGUUUGAUAAAUUCAAUCGUGUAUUCAUUUCUGGGGAUGCAUGUCAUACACACUCACCUAAAGCUGGUCAAGGAAUGAAUGUAUCAAUGAUGGAUACUUUUAAUCUUGGCUUUAAAUUGGCACUAGUAUGCAAGGGCCUUGCUAAAUUUGAUAUUUUGAAGACUUAUGAAAGUGAAAGAAUACAAGUUGCUCGUGAAUUGAUUGCAUUCGAUCAUAAACUCUCCAGAUUAUUUAGUGGAAAGCCAAUGAUUCCCAAUUCUACAGUAAUCCAGGAAGGUGUGGAUAUGGAUGAAUUCCAUAGAGUCUUUCAGAAAGGAGGAGAAUUUGCUUCAGGGACUACUGUUAAUUAUGGAGAGUCUCUGUUGAUUGAUCUUUCUGCAACCAGCCCUGUUGAUGAAGAUGGUAGAUCAUUUUCCUUAGUUGCUACAAAUAUUCCAGUUGGUAGGAGACUAGAAACCACGCUUAUUGAAUCUCAAGCUGACGGCAGAGUGAUCCAUAUUGUGGACAGAACUCUCUCUGAUGGACGUUUCAGGGUCUUGAUAUUUUCGGGCGAUGUUCAUACUCAUCCUCUGAACUUGAAGAUAUUAGAUGAGUUUAAUACAUUCUUUGAGUCAAAUAAGCAUUUUGGGAAAAAAUUCACUCCAGUGAAUGCAUUUGAUAAUUCGGUUAUUGAUGUUAUUACCAUUCAUGGUUCCAGACGUCAUGACGUAGAACUCUUUGAUUUCCCUGAAUUUACAAGGCCUGUUGAUUACAAGAACCGUCUUGACUAUUGGAGACUCUACACAGGGGUCGAUACAACAUAUCAUCAAGGUGAUAUUGAUGCUUAUGAAGCAUAUGGAAUUGACAAAAAGGAAGGUGCUAUUAUAGUUGUCAGACCAGAUGGAUACGUUGCCAAAGUCACUGGGUUUAAUAUAAGAGGACUUGAAGAUAUUGAUAAAUAUUUUAAUAAAUUUUUGAUCCCACAGACAACGAAUGUCUUGACUCCAAAGGAUAAGCUGAGCAACGAUAGGGAUAGAUUUGUGAAGCCAUUAUUGGCUGUUUAACUCAUGUGCGUCCAGGAAAGUCCAUUUAUUUAUGAAAUCAUUUCUAACUCUUUACUAAAAGACUUUAAUAUAUAUGUUGC